CGACAUUUUAGACGUUUUAAACGGCUAGACGCUAUAAUAAGUUUUCAAGAUCAAAAACCAAAAUCCUAGAUUUAAGGUAGCAUAAAAACAAAAACAAAGUUUAAAGAUAAAUAGUCAUAUGGCAACUUCCAAAGGGGCAUUGCAAAGAAUUGUAAAUUUUUUAACAGGGAAAGAAUACAACAUGCAGCUUAGGUAUGCUGUUGAUCAGGUUAAAAGAACACAGAAUCCUCCUAACCUUCCACCAGGUGUUGCUCAUAAGCUUAGCAAAAAUUAUUAUGGUCUUACACGUGAUUAUCGGCGAGAUGUGGCACCUCCAAAAUCUGUAACUAAAAGCAGUAUGCAACUCAAGGCUGGGGAAACACAGCUUGUUAGGUUAAAGUUGGUAUCUCCUGGUGAAGUGUUUCCUCCUAUGUAGUUACGCUUAUAAAAUUUUUCUUGAAUGGAAUAUUAUGAUAAAUUUAA